AUGGAACUUCUGUUGCUUGGCUGCGGCCCGGUGAAGCCCAGCGUCUGGGCAGUUGACGCCCUCCGAAAAAGAGUUCCAAUGGCCAGUACACCGUCCUACGAGCAAUAUAUUAGAGGACCGCCUCUGGAUCGAGCAAGGAACAUUUUCUUGGUCGGCUUAGGCGUUUCCAACCAAAACACGCACCCUUAUGGCUGGGUCCCAUGCUUGACUUCAAUCGGAUGCUUCGUCCUUGGGUGCGCCAUGUUUGCUUAUCUGAACGCUGCCCUUGGCCCUAAACGCCGAGGAACCUUAUUCAUCUCAUUUUUUAUCCAAUCCCUCCUUCUCAUCAUCACAGCACUCCUAGUUCAGAGUGGGGCUAUACCGGGUCUUCAGAGCAGCAGCGAACGCAAUAUAGAGAUUAUAUGGAGCCAGGAAGUACUCAUCGUAUUAUUGAGCAUCCAGGCCGGGGGGCAGAUUGUUGCUAGUCGUGCGCUCGGCUACAACGACCUCCCAACGCUGGUGGUUACUGUCACAUUAUGUGACCUGGUGUCAGACCCCAAGCUAUUUCGCCUUCGAAACCAGAAACGGGACCGGCGUUUACUCUCUAUUAUCCUAACUUUUGUGGGGGCUAUCGCCGGGGGAUGGAUUACCAAGGCAACGGGGGAUAUCUAUGCGGUGAUAUGGCUGGUCGCAGGUAUCAAACUUUUGAUCAGUGCGACGUGGCUCUUCUGGGGGGAUGAUGAUGACUUGACCAGAAAAGCACCACCCAAAAGCAACCACCGAUUUAAACCCUCACAACUCAAUUCUCACCUCACCACCACCAACACAGCAAUGCACACGCCACUCCACACCUUCUCCCGCGCAACACUCUUCCACCUCAUCCUAAAUCCAUUCCUAUCCACACCAACCCGCGCAAUCGCCUCACCCGCCGCCGCCAACGCCCUCAAACUCGCACCACACUCCCACACCCUCAGCCGGACCUCCAUCGCCUACCCGCAGUGCGCACCAGCAAACCUCUACACCACAAUGUCCUCCUCCCACAGCCAAGAACACUCCGCCAAGACCAACGCGCAGGGCGACGCCCAGCCCGACCAGCGCAAAGAACCCUACCUGGCGCUGCCCGACGCCAGCACCGCAGACCCGACGCAUAAACUCGACCUCAGCGAAGGCGGGUCGUCGGUGAAACUGGACCAUCUGGGCCCGCUGGUCGUGAACCAGGAUGGGACGCUGUCGCGCAUCGCGAACUGGGAGCAUAUGACGGAGAUUGAGAAGAAGAAUACGCUGCGCGUGCUGGGGAAGCGGAAUAAGUUGCGGAUGGAUGCGCUUAAAGAGGCUGGUGUUGGGCAGGAGGGAGAGGAUGGGAAUAAGUGA